ACAGCUGUGCUGUGAGCAUCGACGACGCAGUGCGCCCUCAUUCACCUCUCACAUCACAGACAUGUCUGUGGCGCAUUAUGGACUGUUUUGUCAGCCGCCCCUAGCCUUGUUCUAAAGCGCCAGAGCAAUGGGCGGUCCGUUCACUUGGCCCGGUGAGUCUCGUGCUACAUGGUCCAGCUUCCCGCUAAAGCAAAAACUGUCGGCCGAGGAUUGGACAGUAAGAUGAACUUGGAAUAAUUUGAUCGUUUAAGGAUUUGUAGGACUUGUCUCUUCUCUUUGAUCGGAUCGACGAAGGUAACGCAAGCUUUCAGCUGGGAAAUAAAGCAGACGUGAAUACAAUAAAUAACGAUUGUCUCGAUUGUGCCGACGAUGGAAAAGACAUAACGUCAAAACCACGUGGUCUUGAAUCACUGCAGUUAUUUCGGUUCAUCGCAUGAGAACAGACAUCAAAGAUGACCGGGAGUCCACUAGGCGUUCAUAAUGCCAGACAUGAAGGCACACCAACACCAUUGAAGGUCCUCUGUUCGACGAUGCAGGGCACGUACAGUGAUCUGACUGAAUGGUGGAAAAGCAACAUGGUGCGGGUAGGCUCCACAUGAGUCACAAAAGUACAUACACCGCCGUUAACAUUUAUGACUACUCUCAAUGACGUGAGAUUGUUUCUUGUGCAACUACUUUUAAGUGCGGUCUCAACCUUGUACGUGCUGACGAAGGGGGGAAAUACAAGACAGUUGUCUGCAAAAGAGAAAUAGAUUCUUCAUAAGAGUGGAUAAGUCGGAAUUCACCAGGAAUGCAUUGGGAUGCAAGCAUAUAGCUUUAGUGGUCUUUCAAACGAGAAAGCAAGCCAAUUCAAAUGUAUCAACGAAAACAUCUGCGCUGAACCUGCAGUGCCGUUUUUGUGCGGAGUGUAUGUAAAUAUUUCAGACAGAGAAUCACACCAUCGUAUGUAAGAUGGUGAAGUACAGCGAGAAUCAUGUCCAUUCAUGCUACUCGACCACCGUCUAUGUGGUCAACUCUUCGGGGGUAACGCCAGGCAAAGACAUUGAUGAUAACCCACUGUUCAACGGCCGCUCCGUGCCUGUGUUGAUACUGAUAGGCAUCAUACUGUUCUUCAUUAUCGUCAUGACCAUUGUGGGUAACAUAUUCGUCAUUUUGGCGCCCUCGGUGAACCGUCGUCUGCGCAGCGUGACGGGGCUCUUCAUCGUAUCCCUGGCUGUUGCCGAUCUCCUUCUGGGAAUAGUCGUUUUACCCUUUAGCGCCAUUUUCGAGGUCUGGCGCUGCUGGCCGUUCGGAGCAGUCUUGUGCAAUUUGUACGUUUCGUGUGAUGUCAUGUUCUGCACGGCAUCCAUCUUGAAUCUCUUCGCUAUUAGCAUCGACAGGUACGUGGCUAUUACGGAUCCAAUGGCGUACCACCAGAGACUGACUCGAGGUAAGGCGCUUCUGAUUAUAAACCUCAUGUGGGUUGUAUCUCUCUUCAUUUCAUUUUUGCCCCUACAUCUUGGUUGGAACACCGGGGAUGGCUCAGUACAAAACUAUGAGGAUCCCACCAAGUGUAGCCUGGAGUCUAAUAAGUGGUACAGUCUGAUAGAUGGUGUGGCCCUGUUCUUUCUUCCACUGGUUGUCAUGUGUAGCCUGUACCUGAGAAUAUUACUGAUAGCCAGGAGGCAAGCCAGGACCAUUAACUCGCAGACUUGUGCCCUGCAGCCGAUGAGGAGAAUUUCGAGACAAAACGGGCAUACGUCACGUGGAGAAUCCUCCGCAUCUUCAUCCACGCGAGGUCACACUUCACGCUUGGAUCUCUCCUCGCGUAGCCACGCCGUGGUAGACGAACACAAAGCCACCAAGAUGCUAGCCACCAUCAUGGGAUGCUUCGUCAUCUGCUGGGUACCCUACUUCAGCAUCUUCACAUUCAUGAGCUUCUUCGAAGGAACUGUCGUCCCCAAGACACUAGAGAUGGUUGUAUUGUGGCUAGGCUACGUCAACAGCAUGCUUAACCCACUCCUUUAUGCGGCUCUGAACAGUGAGUUCCGAAGGGCAUUCCGUAAACUUCUCAAAUGGACCCGACUCUCUCCCUUUCGAGCAGACGGCAACGUAACCCAGCUUGAGCUAUCGACAACCAGUACACCGAGGCAAGGUACGACUACCUCCACGGUCAGAAACGGCGCUCUUGUUCCGCCCAUGUAUGUUGAAGUCCACGCUCCCGAUAUAAUUGAGCAAGGCUCUGAAAAUGAGAGAGAUUAUUGAACUAGGUUGCAACACAUACUGCAAUUAAAAGUAAUAAUAAACGUACUUCUAUCAACCGCGUUCUCUACUUUUCUAGAGCCCUUUCUCCGUGUUUUUCACGAAGUGAAAAAGAGGUUUGAUGUUACAAAGAUUUCAGAAUUGAUCAAAGCAAUGAUUCCCUUAGGCCAAACUGCUGCAGUUGAUUUCGUGUUUAGAGGCAGUUUAAGACGUGUGGAAGGCUUUAUAACCAUUUUUUGAAAACCUACUAGAAGCCUUUUUGUUCGAAAGCGUCAUUCCCAUCUUUAAGUUAAGUGGGAAAAUAUUUGUGUUCAGGAGGGACACGUAGGGAAUCUUACUCAUCGUGAGGUUAAUAAAUUAAAUGUAGUUGCUUAUCUGAAAUAGAAAAGUUUCAGAGAUAUAUACCACGCCCGUGCCCCGCCUUUACACCACACCCAUAGUCUGGCAACCAAAUGCGUGUACUGUUACCGGUAUAAUUGCUAAACAUUCAGCAGCAGGUGCACUAUAUGUCUUGAACAUUAACUUUCGCAGAGCAUCGAACCAGAUGUAAAGCAGGUAUAGCUACGCUGAAUCUUUCUAAAUCUUGGUUACUGAUCGAUAAAGGGAAAAGGCUUAAGAAUUAUUAGAAUGUAGCCUAGGGCGGAUCCAGGGGUCCAACGUGGAGCAUGCUUCCCACAAAAAAGCAGCCAAUCCCUUUUAUUGAAAAAGAAAACAGUUUGGUCUAUUUCAUUUUUCCUUUCUUCAAAACGCGUACAGACAUCCAGUAGCCACAAUUAACAGUAUUCACAAGUUGGCCAUAUUGAAUUGAAGUGAGGUUAACCUUUGGGAACCUAAGAAUAAACACGAAAGCACUGAAAUAAAGGUUCAUUACAAAUUAACUGCAUUUAGAAUUAUGUAUAAUUUCAAAUUUGUAAUGUAUCAUAUCGAAAUGUUUUAAGCAACAUUUAAAAACAAGUAUGGCGUGGAACUCAAAAUAAUCUGCCACCGCCCAUCCGACAGGUUAUACAUUGAAUAACAUCGCUUUCAGGGAAGGCCAUCAAAUUCAUAUGGCUUCCUUGUACAGAUCUUUACCCUGUAUGUCAUUAGUUGGGGCUUUCUGAGGGUACACUGAGAUGGGCAGAUUUGUCGUUAUGCAUUUUCUUUAUGAGCCAUAAACGAUGAUACGGCAACGUCGUGAAAGAGAUUAAAAGAUGAACCGGGAGAAUUAGUUCAAAUUUACCUUCAAAGUACUUACUCAACGACAAACAAGAGUCUUAACAAUCCAAUGAACUUCCGUUUAAAUAACAUUAUAGCUCAAUACAAACCUAAAUAUGUCAUAUCUAUAGUAAAAAUAUUUAUUAUAUGCAUAGGAUGUAAAUAAUUUCAAAGUCCAGAUAUUACUUUUCUAUCAACGAGAAUGUUAAAUUCUUGGAAGUAUAAACUAAUCCGAUUACACGCCAUAACUGCGGUGGCACCGCACUCACACGCACAUUCUACAGCUUGACGCAUGCGUGCAUUUGGCAAAUCACG